UCUGCAGCGCGUCUGUCUUUGAAACGCGUCUAAAUGACCUGAUCUUGCUCGGCAAUGUUAUAUGACAGAAGUGGAGUUUAACACGGACUUUGUUCUCUGAGAAAAUGAAGCGCAGAGGAUAUUUAUUCAUCUUUACAGCGUGCACUGUUCUCGGGCUUGCUAGCAGUGAGCCCAGAGUCCCAAAUCGCUCAGCUCGUUCAGCACCCACCACCAUCACCAGACGCAAUGAGGCCACCUCCAGCACCGGUGAAUUUGAGGAGGAAGUUGACGUACUGAUAGAAAAAAUACUGUCUUUGAAAAGUGCUGAACCCCAAGAGCAGGAGGAGAUGAGUGUGAAGACUGGGCCCCACUCAGAUCUCCAUCCAUCGCAGAGUAAACAGACCAGUAGAACGGGGCCUUCCAGCCGUGCUGCGACGAACGUGAACCUCAAUACUUACUUGAACAUGCUCAGCGGUUUAUACUCCAUCUAUGAGCCAGUGCUGGUGGAAAGUUUCCUCCAGAACCUUCCUCAGGCUCUCGUUUGUGUGUUGGCAGACAGAACACAGUGUGGAUGGCAAGCAGACUUAACAACGACACUGUCCUCCAGGUUGAGUGGACCGGUUCUUUCCCUGCUGUCAUCCCUUAAAUCUCAGACGUGUCCAUCCACGUCCAGUAGCUCUCCAAGAAUGGCGGACUCCACGCUGACUCAGUUAAGCGCAUUUCAGGAACUGGUGACGGCUGCUUUGUCCUCAAAUCUGCCCCUCUACCUCUCUGAUAACUUCCUGUUGGCAUGGAAUAGUUUUAUUGACUUAACCUUGCCACCAGUGGCCUCCUUCAUUUCUGAAUUCAUGGUGAACUUUCUUCAAACAUUUGUGGAAUUCCUAACAGUUGGACUACAGAUUGGGGUUGACAUCCCUUCACUGGACCAGACUCAGCAGUGUCAGCAAGGUGACCUAAAGCAGCUUCUGAUGUGGGGACUGAACCACAAUUUGAGCUGGUCCUUUGGAGACUCAAUCCUGAACAUGUUUUUGGCUCUUGAUACAACUCCAUGUGGCUACACAGACACAGAAUGCCAGAAUACGCAGACUCUCCAGCUCGGCCGCUCCAGCACAUCCCCAGUGGACAACCCCACAACACUACUGACCUGCGAUCAACAGGAUGUAACCCACCUCAAUGACACCUUCUGUGCAGAUAUUUUAGCCAACGCAUCUCAGGUUCCUGAUGCUCUCUACAGUGUCUGUAAAGCUUUGAGCACUCUCUCCCACUCAGAGCUAAUCCUGGUGUGGAAAAACACUUGUCAGGUGGUCCAGCUUGUCCUCUCACCACUCCUGGAACCUUGCCCUCCUCUGCCCUCUGAAUCAAGUCAGCGUGUGGCACGAUCCACCCUUAGCCUCAGCCAGCUGUUCUGCAACUAUGAGAACUGGACCACCGUGGAAGCCAUAGACCCAGGUCUGGUCACAAUGUGUAGUGACAAUGACCCUGAAGCAUUCCUCCAAGACUUGCUGCCUCACGUUUGUCUGUACUCUGACUGGAGCCAACCCACCAUUGUAGACAUGACAGACCUCGCUCUUUGUGCUGAUCUUGAUACUGUAAAUUUCACCAAGAAGGUAUGCAACAAUACCACUGUUCUGCAGAACCUUUUGGCCAAUUUAGACAACACCUGGUUGCUGGAGCAGUGCUCCAAUCUUACAGGGUCUAGCUCAGGAGGUGCAGGAGGAGGCAAGGGGAGUCUAAUGGGCUUUGUACCCUCUGUGGAAUGCCAGUAUUCCAUCUGGGUGGUCAGACUACCAGACGCUGCUCUUCUUGCCCUCUGCUGGGACUAUGACCAGGCAAACUUCAUCUCCUCAAUCUGCAACAACCCUGCCGUGCUCUCUCACAUAAUCCAGGAACCUUCCAGUCUCUGGGUGAGCACUCUGUGCACUACCUACUCAAACUAUACAAAGAUUACCACCCAGUCCAACAACACCAACAGUGGUACCUACAAUUAUACAAACAGCACCAGUGGUGCCCACCCCUGCCUGGUGAAAGAGCUGAUUGACAGGCUGAACUGGUCAUGCAGUGUAGAUGUGAAUGUGGCUUGCCAGGCAGGAAUAAGCCAGUUCCAGGGGUUGCAGCUGUUCAUUCGCUGUGGGGUGGAGGUUCUCCUGCCCCGUUUGCAGAAGACGGUGAACCCGCAGGUGGCUUCUAUAGUCAGGCAGGCGACCAGUGUAUGGGUGGUUCUACUGCUAGUCCUAGAAGAGAAUGAAAUGACAACUCUGAGGGUGACUGAUUACAUUCGGCAAAAUGUGAUGGAUUCUGUGUCUGCCUUCCUGGAGAGGGAAACAAAAUUUGACAACAAGCAAGUGCUGCUACAGUGCUUUGGGAAAGUGCUGACCGGCCUGAUGCAGACAGGAAGAGAUGUGUACAGUAAUGGCUCUUUCCUCAUCAAGGAGUACUUCCAUAUUCCUCUGGCUAGUCUAAAGGCAGUAUUUAGUUCACUGGAUGUCAGCACCAUAAGACAAAUUUUACAGUACGUCACCCGGGACCAGGCCAACCUGCAGCUGACUGAUGAGUAUUUACAUACAAUGGUGAAAGUACUGAUCCAAGUCCACCUGAGGCAAGAUGAGACCCUGUUCAUUGACUUGAGCCCUCUCCUGAGCUUGGCAACACCAGAGGACAUCAGCUCUCUACCUCCACUGCAGAACAAUGUCAAUGUAUUAAAUGUAAUCAACAGCAUCAUCAACAGCCUGUCCCUCGAGCAGCGGCAGGCUUUCGGCUGGUGGUUCAGCCAGUCUGUCGGUAAGGCCAACAUGACGGCCGGCGGCUUGUCCUUCAUCCGAGACAUCGGUAACCUGAUCGCGUAUCUGCCGUUCCACAGCUUCCAGUACCUCACACCUGCUCAGCUCCUGGACGGUCUGGAUGUCCUGUUGAGGAAUGAAUUGGGACCCCUGAAGCAGCAGUUCAUAGCUCAGAGAAUCAUUGGAGGGUACAAGAACCUCACAACAGACCAGUUCAGAAGGUUAGCCACGCUGACAUGUUGGGCUAACCAGAAUGACCUGCUAGCAUAUAUGGGCACCGAUGCGUCCCCUGUGAUCCAAGAAAACAUCAGAACAUGUGUAGCACAGGGGAUCAGUGUACCUAGCUCCAUGAUUUCCAGUCUGUUUUUGAACUCGUCUGACGUGCAGUCCCCCACCUCCCUCAGUCCUCAGAGGAUCUCCCAGCUUGCCCAGUUCCUGCCCUUGAUGGGCUUGGACUUCCUUCAGCAGCUUAGCCAAACCCAGCUCCUGCCUGUCCUCAGUUUACUGACCUCUGUGCCCUUCACACCUUUGCAGGCUGCCGUGAUCAUAGACAAGGUGUCACCGAGCUUAAAACUGUCUGAGUCGGGUUCCGGGGUGUCUAAGCUGAUGUUUCUGGCGAGCGGGGUGAGUGUGGAGACUCUGUGGGGUUUGCCAUCUGAUGCCCUGCUGACUGCACUGUCCAACUUCAGCCAAUACACACCCCAACUGACCCCUCCACAGGCCAACGCCAUUUCUGCUAAACUCUGGGGUGUUUCAGCAGUGGUCACAUGGUUAAAGGAGGUGGAUCCUCUGCUGUCCAGCACUCAGCUGCUGUCUGUGAUGCCCCGUGCUCAUCUCUUGCUGACAAACGGCUCUGGUCCAUACACACGCAGCUGGAACACACAACAGGCCAAAACCUUAUUCAAUGAGGCUAUGACUUCCAUACGAAGCCUGUCCACAGUGCAGUUCACGUCUCUGGGGACAGUUGCUCAGGGCGUGAGUUGCAAAGUUUUGACGAAGCUGAUUCAGAACAAUCCGUCAGUGUCAUCCAUGAGUGACGUUCUGGGGGUUCUGAGAAAACAGCCCGUUCCACUCCACCCAUCACUGAAAAAGUGUCUGAUUGAGGAACUGUACAAGCUCGCCUUCUUCUCCGACCUGCUUGGGGCCAUGGGCGCUCAGAUUGCUCUCUCAAUCCCGAUGAGCACUAUUAAAAAGUUCUCUGUGCUGAUGACUGACAUCCUGAGGAGUAUGAUAGUGCAGGAUCCACAGCACUUUCUGCUGAUGCCCACCACUAAACAGACCAUCCUGGUGGACAAGAUAGUUCAGCGACUGGGCAUGCACACUGGCGAGUACACCGAGGAGGAGUUUCGUUCUCUGGGCAUUAUGGCGACGUUCGUGGUGGACGAAGUGUUCAUGCAGCUGGACAGGAGCUUCUUUGUGGACAGUGUGGAGUUUCUGCGAGGUUUCUGUUAUGAUAGUAGCAAAAGAGACAUUGUGGCCUCAAUGCUACAGGAACGCAGCACGUUUGGCCCAGUCCAAAACUGGACCACAGCGACCCUCAAUCAAGUGGACAGGUUCCUGUUUUACCUGUCAAGAGAGACCAUCCAGCUGAUUCCUCCGGACCUGAUGAGUCAGGAGCGGAUCGAGCGACUGUUUGUCAGUCAGCGGCAGUGGGAGAGCGGAGAUGUGGGCUCUUUGUGUGUACAGGAGCGCUCUGUGCUCUUCACCAAGCAGCAGUUUGUGCUCCAGUACUUCUUGGGCUUCCUCAAGCCAGGACGCACUGUCAGCCCAGUGCCGACCUGUGAGAGCCUACAUCAGACUCAGCCGUCUGCCUGGCCUAUAACCAGCCUGACAGAAAUGCCCUCAUCAUCUUUCAGGAGGUGCCUGGAACUCAUCGGCCAGGAUCCCUUCUUCAGCUCCUUCCACCUAUCAGUGCUGCUUCGCAGAACCAAAGAAGUGUAUGGUGCGGUCUCCUCCUUCAAUCCAUAUGUUACGGCUGAGCUGGGUAACAUUGCCACACAGCUUACAGCUGAUGAACUGGCCUCAGUCAAACUCUCUGAUAUUCGUACUCUAUCACCUCUGGGAGCUGUUAAUAGCUGGACAAAAAAGCAGAUGGGUGUGUUGUUCUCUGUUGUGCUGAACUCCACCAAACAAACCCCCAGCCAACUGGAUUCCAGCUCCUUUGUCGCACUGGGAUACAUCAUUUGUGGGAUUGAUGUUGCUGUCAUCCGCAGUCUCAAUCCAGUUGAGUUUAGUAAGGCAGCGCUGUGGCUGGGGCGUCUGAACUUAUCCUGCUCCGAGGACCAGCUGCAAGCCAUGAUCACACUGCUCAGCCACAGUCUGGCGUUUGGGUCAGUCAGUUCGUGGGGCCCAGAGGUCUUCAUUGAGAUUGGAGCAUUUGCUGGUAUCGGCCUUCUUUCCUUAAAUAGUGAACCUGUAGUUUCCAGAAAAGCUCUAAAAAAUUAUAAUGUGCUUUAUUAAAAAAUAUCCCUGCAGAUUUCUUUGAAAAACUAAAGUAAGUCUCCCAAAAAGAACGGAAGCUGUAAUAAGGCAAA